AUGGCAAAAGCACAUGGCAAUACCAGCAUGUUCUACAAAAUGGACGUGAUAUCCCUGUACCCAUCCGUUCCUGUAUUUGAAGCUGUAAUGCUAGCCAAUGCCAUGCUCCUCAAAAAAGGUUUUACAGUUCAACAAGUGCUAGACAUUCGUGAAGCAUUGAUCUUCAUCACUGAAAACAACUAUUUCCGCUUCAACCAGAAAAUCUAUUUACAGAAGCAAGGAGUUCCCAUGGGCUCUCCUCUCUCAGCAGUAUUAGCCGAGCUCAUUAUGAGGGACGUAGAACAAAAAAUUUUCAAAGUUACACUUGCUAUGUGCUACCCAUCACUAUACUUGCGCUAUGUAGAUGACAUUCUACUAAUAUGGGAAAAUUCAGAAGAGGAGUUUAUCCAAUUUAUGCAGCAACUUUCAAGCGUUCAUUCCACCAAUUUCACAUGGGAGAAGGAGCAGGAUCAAUCUAUAACAUUUUUGGAUAUGCGGAUACAGAAAUCACUAGAAGGGCCGCAGUUUACAGUGCAUCAUAAGUCCAACAUAGUCCCCUAUAUCAUUCCAGCUGAUGCAUUUCAACCAUCGCGGUAUGUCAAUUCCGCCAUAGCGGCUCUCAUCAGAAGAGCAAUGCUACUUCCCUCAUCGCAAGCUCUAAUAAAAGUCGAACUGGAAAUCGUAAGAACGGCAGUACAUCACGCUGGAUUCACAAGUGCCAAAUUUACGCAUGUACUACGUAGGGUAAAAGAUUCCCUUUUCCCGUUUACCACACUACAUAGCAAAAAAAAAAAUGUCUAG